AUGACUAUGAACCCACACGUCCACGAUAAUCUACAUGAUAUUCAAAACACUCUAAGCAAUUAUGAUACCUCCUUCCUCUCUGAUGAUGAAGAAGAUUUCUGCCCAUUAUGUAUCGAACCAUUAGAUAUUACUGAUAAGAAUUUCUUUCCAUGUCCAUGUGGAUAUCAAAUAUGUCAAUUUUGCUACAACAAUAUUAGACAAAACCCUGAAUUAAACGGUAGAUGUCCUGCAUGUCGUCGUAAGUAUGAUGACGAUAGUGUACGAUACGUGGUCCUUUCUCCGGAAGAAUUGAAAUUGGAAAGAGCUAAAUUAGCUAGGAAAGAAAGAGAAAGGAAACAAAAGGAAAAGGAACGUAAAGAAAAUGAACAUCCCAAUAGGAAACAUUUGGCUGGUAUGAGAGUCAUUCAAAAAAAUUUGGUUUAUGUCGUCGGAAUUAAUCCUCCCGUACCAUAUGAAGAGGUAUCAAAUGUAUUAAGAUCUGAUAACUAUUUCGGACAGUACGGUAGAAUCAAUAAGAUUGUAGUCAAUAGAAAAUCGUCGCAUAAUAAUGACUAUCAUUCGUCCUCAUCUCCUCCCGGUUAUGGGGUGUAUAUCACUUUUGCAUCAAAAGAUGAUGCUGCCAAAUGUAUCGCUCAAGUAGAUGGGACAUAUAUGGAUGGACGUCUCAUUAAAGCAGCAUACGGUACUACGAAAUAUUGUUCUUCUUAUUUAAGAGGUUUACCAUGUCAAAAUCCAAAUUGUAUGUUCUUACACGAACCUGGUGAAGAGGCAGAUUCCUAUAACAAGAGAGAAUUACAUAACAGACAACAAGCUCAACAACAACAACAGCAGCAGCAACAACAGCAACAACAACAAGCACAUGAAUCACCAUCAAAUAUUUAUAAUAGUAGAACUCCAUUAAAUAAUCAUCAUGUUCCAUUAUUAUCUCAUUCAAAUUCACAUCUGAGUGGCAUUGGAACAUCCCCUGCUCCAAUAAAAACCCAAUUGCAUCAUAAUGAUCAUACAAAUACUUCUACUCCAGUAUUGACACCUGCUGCUGUACCUUCUGGUUCAAAUCCGUGGGGUGUCACGCAAAAUUCUACUCCUGUAACAACUUCAUUCAACUUAUCGAAACCAAAUAGCUCCAUCCAGCUACCUACCUUAAAUGAUACUUUAGGCCAAUUGAAUAACGAUAAUGAUCUCAGUACCAACAACAACAACAACAACACUAAUAAUAUUUCAAAUUCUGUACAAACUAGUGACUCAACAACGAAUAAUAACAAUAACAAUAAAAAGAAAAAUAAUGCUUCUAUCGAAAAUGAAUACGUUGAUCCAUAUGAUGCUUUGAAUGUCGCAGUGAAAUUUUUAGAUUCAAGAUUGAAUUCAUUUGACAAUUAUAAAAAUGAAACCUUCAAAUUGAAAUCAAAUAUUAUUGAUGAUGAAACGUUUGGGCAAUACCCAUCAUUAUUUUCAUGGAAUAAUAUAAAGGAAUCCAACGAAAGCGAAGGUAUUUUAACGAAAAAAUUAAUUGAAAUACUAGCCAUCAAACCAGUCGAUCAUUCUGCCUCCGUUAUACAAUUCUUACAAAGUUUUAGUAAUUUAAACGCCUCCUCUUCCACAAGUAACUCUCCAACCAAUCUAGAAAUCAAUAUGAACACGCUUUCACUUAAUAACACCAACACUAAUGCAAAUACUAAUAAUCCUGAUUCAAAUCAAGUUGGUACACCAGCAUCUCAAUACUAUGCAAUUCCACAACAAUUUCAAGGACAAAUGCCGCAACAACUACCACAACAACAGCAGCAACAGCAACAACAACAAGUUCAUUUGAAUCUAGACAUGGUCCCACCUCCACCACCAGGUAUGUUUGCAGCACCUCCCUUACAACAACAAGCAGGGAACCAAGAUCCACAACAACAGCCACCAAUGAAGGACUCUAGUACGAAUUCUACCGAUUUAUUGAAUCAAUUGAUCAGUGGUAGAAGAAUGGCGACCGCACGUAAUUAA